AAUCAAUUAAUGUUGCCGUUUCGUUGCACAAUUAUUACGUAAUUCACAGACCUACGUAUUUGUACAAAUAGAGAAACAUGAACAAAACCAGGCAGUAAGCUAGACAUGGAUGGUAAAAUAUGUUACUAAAGUAAUCAUGGUUUAGCUGUGGUAUUUGUAGUUGUGGUCAUGAAAGCAUUAACCCAAAACAGUAUUUUUGUAUUGUAAUCAAUCACCACAGUUGCAUUACAGUUAUGUUAGUGAGAAUUGUUUUAGCUUGACGUGGAAAAUUGGGAUAUCCCCUAGUCUAGAUGAGAAAGCGGUUGAAUGCGUGUUUUCAACAGGAGGCGCAGCGCCUCUCGUAGGUUGUAAAAUGUCUGUCUCCGUUUGAGCCGUGUUUCUUCCUGCUGUGACGCUGGCUGGACUGCCCUCCACCUGAAACUAAAACAAAGAUGACAAGGCCGCUACUUCUGGGUAAGUGUCCGGAUCAGAGAGUUACAGGAUAUAUCCCAGCCUCAUAUUAGCGAGCAAAACCCGGCUGGGACUGGGGUGUCAACACGAUUUAUCCCGUCAGUCGGCAGCGGCAUGUCGCUGAGCUCAGGCGGGUGGACUCACACACCUCCGCCGGCCCAGUCCUCGUCGUCUCAUCUCGGCCAUGAGGCCUCGCAGUCGGCCUGCUGCACUGUUUUGAUGUCAGUGAAGGUGUCAGUAUGCCACUCCGGUAUACGUCCACUCUGUCUACCGGGCGCCGGAGACGAAUCUCUCCGUCUUCAGCUGAGCAUGGACCCGGGGAAGGCAGGGGAAUUCCGCCUUGCGUUACGGGACAUCAGCGGAACAGCGGCUGGACGCAGUGUGUCAAUUGCUGAGUUUGACCUCAAGACUGUUCGCUAUGAAGUCAAGUCCCCACAGUGCCAUGAACUGAGUUUGGCAACACCCCCACAUGACCGUAUCACUUUCAACUUCCGCUGUGAGCAGGAAGCUCAGGAGUGGGCCACUGUGGUGAUGUCAUCGCUCCGUGAAGCGCAUAGAGUGGCGAUUCACUCCUCCACUGAAGAAGGAAAGCUACCUCCCCAGCCUCUGGAUUCACAGAGCAAUGCACCCAAGCCAUGUACAGAGGAGAUAUGUGCGGAGCUGGUUAGCGCAAUAGAGGCGGGUGAUGUUCGGGCGGCAUCUGUCUGUGCAUCAUCUUUAGCUAAACAGAGAGCUGCUCUGAGCAUUCAGCCCUCUAAACAUAAUUACACUGACACUGAAAUUAGCCUGGCUGUGGUGGUAGAGGAUGCAUCCUCUUCUUGUUGUGUCACAGUGAACGUCUUCCCCCACUCCACAAUUGGUGCUCUCAAACAGCAGGUCUUCGCAGACUAUGGUUUUCAUCCGCGUGUGCAGCGCUGGGUCAUCGGCCAGUCUUUGUGCUCUGAUCAUCGCUCUCUUGCUUCUUAUGGAGUUCAGCGAGAUGGCGACACUGCGUUCCUUUAUCUCAUUUCUGCCCGUCAGGCUCGAAUCAGUCGAGGGUUGUACCAACAAGAUCAGCAAAGUGCUUUACUCAUGCCAGCUUUGGUGCCAACGUCUAAUCCGCCCCACCAAGAAGCAGUAACCAAUGGGCCAGCAACUCUGAACACCACCUCAAGGCCAUACAGCACUCUGCCUACGAGACUUCAUAGCAGCCAUAAUACUCUGAGCCAGAGAAGCAGAGCGCAGGGAAAACUUUGCACGUCUGGUGCAGAUGGACGGACAGGAUCUGGUUCCUAACCCAGAGAGAGUGGAGUGCAGGAUCUGCUAUGUGGAGCUUGAGUCUGGCGAGGGAGUCCUACUCCGAGAGUGUCUCCACUGCUUCUGCAAAGAAUGCCUGCGUUCUAUGAUUCUGAUGUCGGAGGACCCUCAGGUGGCAUGUCCAUACAGAGACGAGGCCUACGCCUGCGACUGCAUCUUGCAAGAAAGAGAAAUCAGAGCUCUGGUGUCAGUAGACGAUUAUGAGCGCUGGUUGCAGAGGGGUCUGUCUGUUGCAGAGUCCCGAUGUGAGGGCAGUUAUCACUGUGCCACUGCAGACUGCCCUGGCUGGUGUGUUUAUGAAGAUACUGUCAACACUUUCCACUGCCCAGUGUGCAAAAAACAAAACUGCCUGCUUUGCAAGGCCAUUCAUGAAGGGAUGAACUGUAAGCAAUAUCAGGAUGAUCUAGCAGCUCGCGCCAUCAAUGACUCUGCAGCUCGAAGAACAAGAGACCUGCUGAAGACUCUUGUUAAUUCUGGGGAGGCGAUGCAUUGCCCUCAGUGUGGCAUCAUUGUGCAGAAGAAGGAGGGCUGCGAUUGGCUCCGCUGUACUGUCUGCCACACCGAGAUCUGCUGGGUCACCAGAGGACCACGCUGGGGGCCUAAAGGUCCUGGAGACACAAGUGGAGGCUGCCGCUGCAAUGUCAACAAACAGAGAUGCCACCCAAAAUGUCAAAAUUGUCACUAAAGGGAUGAGUAGCAGACACAGAAGGAGGUACAUGUAAGAGAGAGAGCGAAGUGUAUUACAUGACAUGUGAACUGACAUAUACUGUCCACCUGUGUAAGCUUUCAGUUCAGUUUUCUGAUGCUGAAAUAUAGAAAUGUGUAGGUCUGUUGUACAACAAAUAUUGCAAAUAAUUUCAAGAAAUUCACAGAAAAGCUUUAAAUUCACUCAACUGCAUGUUAACAAAUAUCACCUCUACUAUGAAAGCAUUUUAUUUCGAAUCGGCUGCAAAAACGUUUAGACUGUUACCAAGCUACAACUAUUCACAGUUAUUUAAGACAGAAUCGUUACUCGAAUUAAGGUGCUUGAAUUAGUGGUUUGGAAAUUAAUUAUUCCUUCUAACUAAUUCUUUUGAUGAUUCAGUCAACAGGUUAACAGAUCACUGGUAAAUCGCUCGUGUAAAACUGUGAUGUGUUUAAGCAACACAAAAUUGAACGUUCUAGAUAGCCAAAAUCAUAAACAUUGUGA